AUGCACAAAGAUAUGUAUUUGAAACUUUAUGUUACAGAAUCGUAAAAUGGUGAUAAAUCCAAACGCAUUCUCUCCAAAAUCAUGCUAUUUACUCUUUGAAGUGAACUGUCUGUGCAUUUCUCAGAGAACUAAUAACGGAAAAUGUCUACUGGUUUCAACGUUAACAGUGUUUUUGGUUGUCCUUUAUGUCCGUGGUAGACCUACUGUGCUUUCUGACAGCAACGAGCAGUGUUUAUAAUUCAGUAAUAUAUGAAUUACAAUAGUAGAUAUUCUGACACAAGUAUGAGUGAUUUUUAUGUGGGUGGUUUGAAUGUGUACACUUCAGCAGACGACAGGAACUUUCCAAAUAUUUUAGGAGGAAAAACAAAACAAGAAAACACUACAUGAAACAUUUAGGGCAAUAUAUUUCAAUAUGAAAUCUGUUUUAUUCUAAUUUCCGUUUUAAAUCCUUUUAGGAUAAAUGCCAGUGGCACAGAGAAGAAACCCUGUAAUAUUUGUUAAAAUAAGAAAACAUCUCCCUUUGUGUUCUACAUUAAAAUGAAAAUCUCAUGGGCAUGUUGGUGAGUAAAAAUGACAUAUCACAGUAUCACAAAAUAAACAAGCAGCAUGAAUGUUUACAACACUGAUUAUAAUAAUGAUGGAAAUGUUUCUAGAGCAGCAAGUCAUUAGAUUAGAAUGAUUUCUGAAGGAUCAUGUGACGCUGAAGACUACGGUAAUGAAAAUUCAGCUUUGCAUCGCAGGAAUAAAUUACAUUACAGUAUUUUUAACCAAAUAAUUGCAGCCUUGGUAAACAUGAAACUUUGGACUUUAUAUGAUCUGUUUGUAGUGACUCAUUUUAAAUCAUCUUAUUACUUAGAUUCUCAGUUCUAAACAGUUCUGGGAGCUUUAAUUCCACUGAUUAAGACCCCAAGGAUAUAAAUGUGAUAUUUCCCAGCAGAGUGAAGUGCUUUAAUUGAAAGUCACUUAAUUCCCCAGCCUUAGGACGUUUCAUUCAGUCUGCCCAGAUUUUUAUUUGAGGCCUUCCCAGGAGGAUACAGGGUCAAAGGGGCGCUGAUGUUAUUUCCCACUUAGAGUGUGUUAGAAUGAAGGUCAAAAUACAUCCCAGUGUUUGGCUUUUUUUAAUUAUUGCACAAAAACGUUUUAAUACGUCGUACGGUUAGUUAACACGUUAAUAAGCUUUACUUUUUCUAAAAACAUUUUGUGAGGUUUUCUUCUAGUUGCAGCAUAUGCACUUUCCUUCAUGCAAACCGUACACUAGUGAGUUUUUUGAUGACCACCCUAACGCAGACCACGUUAAUAUUUCACAGGAAGCCUAUAAAGAAAACAGCAUCACUGUAAAUUUAAUUAAGACCGAUGAAGUCAGUUCUGUGUUCACUAAAGGCGCUUCAAGAGCCGGUGCAUCGGUCGUGGACUAAAGCAGAACCGCAAGGAAUUUCUGUAGGCUCACUGAAAGAAAGCGUUAAUGUUCUCUCUCCUGCUGCAACCCCCCAAAGAAAUCCUGCCUGCUCUUCCCAUCUCGGACGGGGGUGGGACCUACGUUUUAAACGUGCUCUGUAGAUUUAAUACCUGGCCAAUGUCUUGACUCUUCACUCUAUGCUUGAAUAAUAGCCCGGAGAGGUCACCACUCACCUUAAGGAACUGUUUGACUUUUUAAACAGGCUUUCUGAACGGCUGCCGCGUGAUUGUGUCGCAUUUUUGGAUACCGCUGCCCUCUUCUACAGGAGAGACUGUACCUGUGUCAUUACCUGAGGUGAGGGAAGCACGCGUCCGACGUGUACAGCCAGUGGGAUUUUUGCGGUAAGAUUGGGCCUUUGUCGACGAAACAUGACACGUGCGUUGGUGUAUGUUGGUGUGCUAAUAGCCCUAAUGGCUGCGACGGAAGCAAGACCUAAAUCAGCUGAACCAAAGUGUAAAUCUGGCCCGGUCGACCUUGUGUUCAUCAUCGACGGCUCCCGCAGCGUUCGUGCCCAUGAGUUCGAGACGAUGCGCAAGUUCAUGAUAGACAUCAUCCAUGAGUUGGACAUUGGCCUGGAAACUACAAGAGUUGGUGUGGUCCAAUACUCCAGUCAAGUCCAGAACGUGUUUUCCCUCAAAGCCUACAGCAAGCCUGCUCAGAUGGUCAAAGCCAUCAACGAGAUCAUUCCACUGGCUCAGGGCACCAUGACCGGCCUGGCCAUCCGCUAUGCCAUGAACGUAGCCUUUUCUGCUGAAGAAGGUGCCCGUCCAAACGUCCCCCACGUAGCAGUAAUCGUGACAGACGGUCGUCCUCAGGACCGCGUGGCCGAAGUGGCAGCUGCUGCGAGGGAGUCUGGGAUUGAGAUCUACGCCGUUGGGGUGGCCAGGGCUGAUAUGACCUCACUGAGAGCUAUGGCGUCUCCACCGUUUGAGGAUCAUGUGUUCCUGGUGGAGCGCUUUGACCUCAUUCACCAGUUCGGCCUUCAGUUCCAAGACAAGCUUUGUGGGAUGGACUUGUGUCUGGAGUCCGAUCACGGCUGUGAGCACAUCUGUGAGAGCUCGCCUGGCUCCUUCCACUGUCUGUGCCUGCCUGGAUACACGCUCAACGAGGACGGCAAGACCUGCACACCCAUUGAUCUGUGUGCUGAAGGGAAGCAUGAUUGUGAUCAGAUCUGUAUCGCUUCACCCGGGUCAUUCACUUGUGAAUGUAACAAGGGAUACAUGCUCAACGACGACAAGAGAACCUGCACAAUGAUCGACUACUGCUCGUUUGGCAAUGAUAGCUGUGAGCAUCAGUGUGUCGGUGUGCUCAACGGCUUUAAUUGUCGCUGUAACGAAGGAUACUCGCUCAACGAUGACCUGAAAACCUGCACAAUGAUCGACUACUGUUCAUUUGGGAAUGAUAGCUGUGAGCACGAGUGUGUGAGUGUGCUUCAGAGCUUUUAUUGCCGCUGCCAUGAAGGAUACACACUCAAUGAGGAUGAAACAACGUGCACAAUGAUCGACUACUGCUCAUUUGGGAAUGAUAGCUGUGAACACGAGUGUGUGAGUGUGCUCAAUGGCUUUAACUGCCGCUGUAACGAUGGAUACUCACUCAACGCUGACAAGAAGACCUGUACAAUGAUCGAUUACUGCUCAUUUGGGAACGAUAGCUGCGAGCACCAGUGUGUGAGUGUCCUGAAAGGCUUUCACUGCGUUUGUAAUGACGGAUACACACUCAACGAUGACAAGAAGACCUGUACAAUGAUCGAUUACUGCUCAUUUGGGAACGAUAGCUGCGAGCACGAGUGUGUGAGUGUCCUGAAAGGCUUUCACUGCGUUUGUAAUGACGGAUACACACUCAACGAUGACAAGAAGACCUGCACAAUGAUCGAUUACUGCUCAUUUGGGAACGAUAGCUGCGAGCACCAGUGUGUGAGUGUCCUGAAAGGCUUUCACUGCGUUUGUAAUGACGGAUACACACUCAACGAUGACAAGAAGACCUGUACAAUGAUCGACUACUGCUCGUUUGGGAAUGAUAGCUGCGAGCACGAGUGUGUGAGUGUGCUCAAAGGCUUUAACUGCCGCUGUAAUGAAGGAUACUCGCUCAAUGACGACCUGAAGACCUGCACAAUGAUCGACUACUGCUCAUUUGGAAACGACAGCUGCGAGCACGAGUGUGUGAGUGUCCUGAAAGGCUUUCACUGCCGCUGUAAAGAUGGAUACACUCUCAAUGAUGACAAGAAGACCUGCACAAUGAUUGAUUACUGUUCAUUUGGGAAUCACAGUUGUGAUCAUCACUGUGUUAGUGUGCUCAAUGGCUUCUUCUGUCGCUGCAAUGAGGGAUACACUCUUCAGGAGGACGGAAAGACCUGCCAGUCGGAUAACCUGUGUAACACAGUGGAACAUGGUUGUGAAUACCAGUGUGUGAGCACUCCGGGAUCAUACCACUGCAUAUGUCCUGAGGGCCACGUGCUACAGGACGACGGCAAGAGCUGCGGAACCUGUCGAUCCUCCAACAUCGACCUGGUCCUCUCAUCAGCGGUUCCAGGCUUUGUUAACCAGGUGGUGGAUCAGCUGGACGUCUCUCCCUAAGGAACGCAGAUUAAGGUGCGUCAGUACUCAAGCCGAGUGCGGACAGAGUUUCCGCUCAGCAUGUAUCAGACAAAAGAGGAGAUCAAAAAGGCUGUGAUGAAUGUGGAAUACAUGGAAAAGGGGACCAUGACAGGCUUGGCUCUCAAACACAUGGUGGAGAACAGCUUCUCUGAGGCCGACGGAGCACGUCCUGCUGAUAAGAACAUCCGACGGGUUGGCCUGGUCUUCACUGAUGGGCGAUCACAGGAUGAUAUUCAGGAGUGGGCCAAGAAAGUCAAGGAUGCCGGUAUCACCAUGUAUGCUGUUGGUGUGGGUAAAGCCGUUGAAGAUGAGCUGAAAGAGAUUGCCUCUGAGCCCAUGGAAAAACACUUCUUCUAUACCGCAGACUUCACUGCCAUCAGCCGAAUCCUUUGGAACCCUCCCAAGCUCAAUGUCUGUGCAGAGUCAAAGGAGAUCGGAGUCAAGGACCCUAAGCAUGAGAAUCUUGUGGAGUUCAGCCCAGUGAUGUCCACCCUAGACCAGCUCAACCAGAAACUGUCAGCUAUGACCAAGCGAUUGGAAGUUCUGGAGAGCCAGUUGCUCACGAGAAAAUGAGAGAGAGCUUCACACAACAGCGCAGCUGAGGACGGGGCCCGCCGGGUGUGAAGAGCCCCACAGUCACGAGAUCUACAGGUGUAGACGCCUGAGGCACGAGGCCCACUAUUUCCACUGCCAUUCUUGAACAUGGCUGAUAUUGUUCCCUAUUUAUAUAUGAUCUGUGUUAUGAUUUACUU